GGGGCCUCCUGGCGGUGUGGUGUGGAAGAAGCAGCGCGUGGAGCGCUGUGUAGCGGGUGGCUGGGCUGGGACUGCGAGUAGGUGUUUACGACUUGACUAACUGGUUCUAUCGGAGGACAGUGCCACAUUUUGAAGAGAAGCGAGGAGGCGAUCGCGCGCCCACGAGUGGGGUGCCCGGGCUCCCGCAGGAGGAUGCUGGUGGUGGAGGUGGCGAAUGGCUGCUCCCUGGUGUGGGGGGCCGAGGCAGUGCAGGCGCUUCGGGAGCGACUAGGAGUUGGGGGCCGCACGGUGGGCGCCCUGCCCCGCGGGCCCCGUCAGAACUCGCGACUGGGCCUCCCGCUGCUGCUGAUGCCCGAGGAGGCGCGGCUCCUGGCUGAGAUCGGCGCUGUGACCCUGGUCAGCGCCCCGCGCCCGGAUCCCCGCGAACUCAGCCUGGCUGUGGCAUCCUACAAGCACCAUCAAGAGCAGGGCUUCCAGGAGCAAAGCGCCCUGGCAGCUGAGGCCCGUGAGACCCGUCGUCAGGAGCUCUUAGGGAAGAUCGCAGAGGGCCAGGCUGCCAAGAAACAGAAGCUGCAACAGGAUUCAGUGACCAGCGAGAGCCAGGAGGCCAGUGGGAACCAAGCGGCUGGAGAGAAUGGGGCCAGUGCUAGCCAGGCUUCUGGAGAGCAGGAGGAAGCAGGCUCCUCCUCUCCCCAACCAGGGCCUUCAGAUGGGGUGGCCCUCUUGCCCAGGUCUGCUAUGCUCGUCCAGCUAGCCACGGCUAGGCCUCGACCCAUCAAGGCUAGGCCCCUGGAUUGGCGUGUGCAGUCCAAGGACUGGCCCCAUGCUGGCCGUCCAGUCCAUGAGCUGCGCUACAGCAUCUACAGAGACCUGUGGGAGCGAGGCUUCUUCCUCAGUGCGGCUGGCAAAUUUGGGGGUGACUUCCUGGUCUAUCCUGGUGACCCGCUCCGUUUCCAUGCCCAUUACAUUGCCCAGUGCUGGGAUCCCGGGGAUCCUAUCCCACUCCAGGACCUGGUUUCUGCUGGUCGCCUUGGAACCAGUGUCAGAAAGACAAUGCUCCUCUGUUCUCCACAGUCUGAUGGUAAGGUGGUCUACACCUCCCUGCAGUGGGCCAGCCUACAGUGAACUCGAGACCUGUGUGGUGUGGCUGUGUCUGUGGCAAGAGCCUUUCUAGAUGGUCCCAAGUUCAUCUCUGCAUGGAAGGAUAGGACACCUUCUGACCUAUGAUUAGUUUUUGAUUGCAGAUUUAUAAACACUACAUUCUUUUUAUGUCCCUCCCUGUUUCAAAGCACUUACUGGCUGUGUUGUUUUUGUAGUUACCUAUUUCCAAACUGUGGGCUUCUUGAGAGUGAAGACUGGGUUUGAUUCAUCUCUAUUUUCUACAGGGCUUAGGUCCCAAGACCCAAUAAACUUGUUGAAUAAAUGUG